UUCGAUGGACGCGAUGCGAAUCGCGUCUGCUUUUAUCAUACAUAUAAUUAAUCGGGACGGAUUAAAAUCGUCGCGAUCGUGUCUUGUUGUUCUGAAUUCUAAAAAAUUAAGAAAAGGACGUCUAUUCUCAAGAAUCCGUGAAAACACGUUAACAGUUUGAAUGUGAUGACUGACCAUCGAUGCGCCUCAUCGAGAUAGCUCGACAAGAUUUCCGUAUCCCUCGAUUUUUAGCAUCUCUCAGAUCUUUUUCUUUUAUAAAAGGCCCAUGCACUUUAAAUGCUGACGAUUUCUGAAAAUGCCUUCAAACAUAUAAGUUGAAUAGAAGUGGAAUUACAUAAUUAUCUUUACUUAUAUACUUUGUAACUCGAGGAAGUAUUUCUACGCAAACGGGACUUCCUAAUAGUGCCGCUAUAGUUCAUAGUAGAAUUUUGCAAUUAUUACUUGGCACGUGCACACAUCAUUGAAAGGACACGAUGAUAUGGCAAGAAUUGAAGGCCUACCAUGAAUGGUCGAAAGACAUCGGGUGUCAUCCAUUCCUCGCAAGCGUGUUAUGCGUGGGUGUUAUCGCGGAUGGACAAAUGGGAAAAUUGAUGUUCGAGUCGCCGUUAUUUCUGUUGGUUCGACAAAGAAGCACCACUGGGAAAAUGUGAACGUAUGGACACCCGACGUUGUCUGUACGACCCGACUCGGUAUUCAGUGUCGUCAGUUCGAUCCGGUCAGUAGGCCAUUCAGCAUGAACAAAGAGCGCAAAGAUGAAGGAUCCGUUUACUCGGUUGGAAGCCAAAAUCACUUGGUAUCGAUAAGAUCUAAGCAAACGUACUUCAAGAAACGAUUUCAAGUUUCCUAUCUAGUGGUGAUAAUCCUGUGUUUCCUGGUAUGCUUCUUGUUCAUAACAGUCCUGGUACUCGCAAUACUCUAUGCGCAUAGCGGCUUGAUGAAGAUAUGCGAUAGCGAAGAUUGCAUGCGAAUAGCGGCUAGUUUGAAGGAAUCUAUGGACACCUCUGUAGAUCCUUGCGAUGAUUUUUAUCAAUAUGCAUGCGGCAGAUGGCCGCAAGAACAUCCUAUCCCGGAUUCCAGUCUGACGAAUUCCUGGUUCAGCGAACGUAGCGAUCGCGUGUCUAGGAAGAUCAGGGAUCUGUUGAAGGUCAACAUGUCCGCCGAUGAAGUUCCUUGGGCGGUAAUGCAGGCUAAGACGUUGUUCACCAGCUGCAUGGACGUGCAUACAAUAAACGAGCUUAAUUUGUCUCCGUUGUUUGAUCUGUUGGAAUUAUUGAAUUUACCUUUAAUACCCGCGGCUCUCACUAAUAAAACGACUAAUUAUAUCGAACAAAUGGCUAGAGUAAAGAGAAUUUUGGGGCUUGAUAUUUUCUUUGGCUUUAAAAUCAUGACUGAUCCGAGGAACAACAGCAGAAAUCUGAUUUAUUUUGAUACUCCGGAACACUUCAGUCCUUUUCCCAGCAAUAAAGAAUUGGAAAAACGGCUGCAUACUAUCAAAUCGCGAUUGCAAAAGCUAGAAGAUCUAGAUGAUGAAUUAACACUCAGUGAAAACGAAAAUGCUGAAUUAGUUUACAUGACGGAUGUUAUUAAACAAGUCGUCAGUAAUGGUACUUUUAAUACUUGCACUUCGGAAGAUGAAUUUAUGAUGUCAGUGGAAACAUUAGAGGAAUUUGUCGAAAUGCUUUAUGAAAUUAGUCACACGAUUUAUCACAUGGUUCAUGCAAAUAUAAAUCAUACCGUUUCCGAAGAAAACUUAAAUGACAAAGAUUACAUGCUGGUGGAUGAUCUCCAAAAAUUGACAGACGAAUAUAUCAUGGAAGUUAAUUCAUCUCUUACACCUAAACCGAUUUGGCGAUCUUUCAUUGAAUCACUUUUCGAUGGAAUCGUCACAUUAGAUCUAGAUGAAAAAGAUAAAAUUCUUGUUGGCAAUCUGGAUUAUUUGAAAGACACUGCAUUAAUUUUCGCUGCUUAUGAAGAAGAAGCUCUAGAAAGUUACAUUUGGUGGAUCGUCGUAGACGUUGUGGUGCCUCACUCUUCCGAGAAGCUCAGAAACAUUUGGAUUACGUAUGUAAAUAAACUAAUGCAACUGGAGAUAGGCGAAUCCAAAUCUGUGCACUGUGCGUCAAUUGUCAAUCAAUUAAUGGGAAUGGCGGUGUCAUGGCUGUUCGUAGAUCCAACAUUCCAUAGUAAUAAAGCUCGUGAAGUGAUGGAAAUGUUAGAAAACAUAAGAGAGGCAUUCGCUUUACUUGUUGUUAAAAUGGACUGGAUGGAUCAACCGACAAAAAUGGCAACGCUUGAAAAGAACCGAAAGAUGACUUCCGGAAUCGGGUUUCCCGAAUGGCUUUUCAACGAGAAAAAACUCGACGAAUAUUAUGAAGGCAUAGAUCUAUCGAAGAUGAAGUAUUUGGAUAACAUGAUACAAAUUAUUCGAUUAGAAUGGAACACUACAUGGGCGAGCCUGCAUGACAAUAAUUUGAACAACGAAUCUUACUGGGCAAGCGAUCCUAUUGAUGUAAAUGCGUUCCACACUUUCCAAAUUAAUCAUAUAACUGUACCUGUUGGAAUUCUGCAAUUCCCAUUUUAUGAAUUGGGUCUUCAAACCUUGAAUUAUGGUGCCAUCGGUUCGGUACUUGGACAUGAAUUAACUCAUGGAUUCGACAAUAGCGGCCGAUAUUACGAUAGCGAUGGAAAUCUUCGGGAAUGGUGGACUAACGAGACCAUCUCGGAAUAUACUAAAAGGACUCAAUGCUUCAUAGAUCACUAUAACACUUAUUAUGAAGACGAGAUCGACGAUUACAUCGACGGUGAAUUAACUUUGGGCGAAAACAUUGCUGAUAAUGGGGGCCUUCGCGAGGCCUUCAUUGCUUAUAAGAUAUGGAAAGCCCAGCACGGUCAUGAGCCUCUUCUUCCCGGAUUCACGCAACUUACGCAUGAGCAGUUAUUCUUUCUCGCUUUUGCACAUUUGUGGUGCGAGUCUUACACUACUGCAUCACUAAAGUGGAUGCUGGAGGACACUCACUGCCCUGCCCACGUGAGACUUCAAGCGGUAUUAAAAAAUUCCAAGGAGUUUAGCACUGCGUGGAAUUGCCCCAGAGAAUCGAAGAUGAAUCCAUCAAAGAAGUGUCAUUUGUGGUAAUGGUAAUUUCGACAUACAGACAAAAGGUAACUUUAGUGCUUCGCUAUUUGAUUAUUCAAGUUGAUCAAUCAAAUAUUUAUUAUUCGAAGAUAUUUAUUAUACGAAGUCAAAGUAAAACUCACGUGCAAAACACGCUAGAAAGAAAAGGAAAAAGAAUAUAUAU